AGACCAGCAGGCAGGUGAGUCUCAGGUAAAGCGUGACGUCAGGAUGAUACUUUCGAACUCCUUGCCAGUAAAUCUAUAAAGGUGUGUAGUCUUACUGCACAGGUAGCCUGAACCUUAGACUGAAAUGAAAACAGAGCUUGCUGAAGAUAAACUCGGGGGCCUAACAUGCUCUUGGAGGUUUGAUUUUUCCAGGUCUUCCAGAGAUUCACCCUACUUGUCGAGCGAGGAUACCGGGAUGUACCCGAGCUCUGCUUCUAUCAGACAAACGGCUCAGGCUCUGUCACUGAACAGUCAGUACAUUCCGCCUCCGUAUGACUUCCCCAGCUACCACCAUCACGUCACGGGAGUCGGUGAUUUGUCGGCAAGUACCUGGAACCCCCUUUACGCGCCCCGGGAGGAGUAUCCCUACAGCUUCCCGGGGUCAAGCCCCAACACCGCGCAGGUCAACUUCACCUACCCGGAUCUGAGCAACGUUCCUUCCGCCGCUGGAGGGGGAUCGCUCACCCCUUACAACUUCAUCUCUGGACAGGAUCCCCUCAUUCCCAGGAAAAGACCACAGGAGCCCGUUAAACAAACAACUUCAGGUGGGAAGACUCGCACUAAGGACAAGUACAGGGUGGUGUACACUGACCACCAAAGGAUGGAGCUUGAGAAAGAGUUUCAGUUCAACCGCUAUAUCACAAUGAGAAGGAAGUCAGAGCUGUCAAUGGCACUCAGCCUUUCCGAGAGGCAGGUGAAGAUCUGGUUUCAGAACAGACGUGCCAAGGAGAGGAAGAUCAACAGGAAGAAGUUGCAGCAUUCCCAGCAGGCCUCAACAACCACACCCACUCCACCUGUACUGUGUGCACACAGUGACACCCACAACCCCGUGAGCCCCAGCAGGAACAUUUUGUCAGAUGCAGUAUCGGAGGAGUACUAGGUGAAGUCUAUGUGAAAGACUGGCACUGUAUCUGUGUGUGUAAAUAAUGUUUUUAAUAGUUGUACAAGUUCACCACAGAACGAAUGAAAAAGAUUCACUUGAAGAUCACCUCUAUUUUACAAUGUCACCACCACACGUUUGUCACAUGGAUCGAGUCGAGUGGGCAUUUAUUCCACUUGCUUGUGUUAAUCAUUAUCAACGUCAAGAUAGCGUUUUAACAGUGCGUGCCCAAGAAAGAGGAUUAGUGUCUUUCUUGUUGUCUUUUCCUUGUAUAUGUAUCCAUUAACAGGAAUAUAAUGCAAAUGCAGAUAUAAAAAAGAAAAAAAACUGACAGCCCUUCUUCUUGUUUCCAAGGCAGUACCGUGACACUAACACGCCUUUUUUAUGACAACUUGAAGUUACAGGAAAUCAGAUGGGGAAAGCAGAUAUCUAAUUCGAAAGGUGGUUAAAUUGUUCUUUUUGUUUUUCUGAAAACAUGCAUUUACUCUACAUUUUAGCUGCAGCAAAGCAAGGGCAGCAUUAUUAAAAGUGUCACUGGUUUUAGACAUUCAGACGGGAGAGUUUAGCCACAUCCUGAAAAACUGCUGAAGAUUGCUCAACUGCAUGACUCGUGAUUUACAGUCGCUGUGGCACAGACAUUCAGCUCUGGCAUGGAGCUGGAUAUAUUCGUUUUAUUUUAAAAAAUGUCUACACUUCUCUAUUUUUUUAGAACCCAAUGUCUGUAUAUAUGAAAUGUUAAAGGAUGUGCUGUACAAGCAAGAAAUGCUGACACACUUUGAUACUUCUUCACUGUAAUGUUAAAGAAAAGAAAGGAGAAACAAAAGAUGUGGAAAUUCAGUAGGUAUGAGUCAUCUAACGAUUAAAGGUUUUUCCAUUUCUAAAUAAAUGACUGACUUAUCAACAGUGCAGUUGUGUAAUCACAAAUGUUUAGAGUGUAAGAAAGUCACUGUUUUCUAAUUUAGCUCUUCAGUGUGUUUGUGCAUGCUUUUGUGUGUUUCAAGUGGAGUUUAUGUUGGCUUUGCAGCUUAAACCCUCUCCUCAGCACUGAGGUUUUAUUGAUUUAGAGUUGUAUUUUCUGUUAAUUUGCUCUAGCCACAUUCACGUGGGUCAAUUUGCUUUUCAUACAACACAGUUUCUACAGGAAAAGGCUUCUUGAUGAAGAAAUAUAACAUUAGUAUGAAGUUCUAUCUAUAAAUGCGCAAAACUAAUACAUUGGCUUCCUGUCAUCACUUUUAAGACUCUAAAUGAGCCUACAACGCUUUAUUUGUUGGAUCUUUUUUUAUGUUCACACUCCUGUCAGAGGUCUUCCAAUCAGAUGUGACUUCCAUAAACUAGACUUAAAAAUAAAGGUGACUUACGAUUUCACACUAGAACUGCAGAAUCUGUUUCUAGAUUUGAGUCUUUGCUCCAGCCUCAUUUCUACUCUCUGGCCUUUAAUUCGAUCUAAACCUUGACAUUUCCUUUUUGUUAUGUUUUAUUAUUGGCUGCCUGUGAAGCACUUUGGUCAACUCCGGUUGUUUUAAAGGUGCUAUAUAAAUAAACUUGACCUUGACCUUGACAUGAAAUUCAUCACAAUAAAGCCUAAGAUGACCUCAAUUGUAUAUCCUUAAAUUACAAAAAAAUAACAAUAAAUAAACACAUUUACAUUCCUUAAC